UCUCCGCGGGCCAGCUUGCCAAACCCUCCCGAUUGGUCCUCCCGGUGGGGAGGGUCUGGGGAAGGUGCUCCGUGGCUUGGAAUUUAGGGCAAAACUCACACCCUGCUGUUCCUUCCAUCCCUCCAGCCAGCUGGUCAGCCCACCACCCUUCUGUUCAGCGCCAGGAUGUCGUCGCAGUUGGAGACGGCCAUAGAUAGUCUCAUCUCCGUCUUCCACAGCUACUCCGGCAAGGAAGGGGAUAAGUAUAAGCUGAACAAAAAGGAACUGAAGGAAUUGCUGCAGAAUGAGCUGGGCGGUCUCUUGGAGACCCAGAGAGACACAGAGGUGGUGGACAAGAUCAUGCAGGACCUGGAUGAGAACAGCGACGGCGAGGUGGAUUUCCAGGAGUUUAUGGUCCUGAUGGCUGCCUUAACCGUGGCCUGCAACCCUUUCUUUUCGGAGGGCACCUAAGCUGCGGUCGUGGGAAUGCAAAGCUUGGGAGUUGGGGGGAGGGUCCAGCCCCCCCCAGCGGCUGUUUGCUGCCCCUUUGCAAGGCCUUUUCCCUUCUUGCGGCUUCUCUGCCCAGCUGGGGCGCCAGGGGAGCACCCCCCAAAGUGCCAUGUAGCCACCUGCUGAGACAGCGCUGCUUAUUAAAGCCGUUUCGUGAACUCUG